CAAAAAUGRACAUCCAAGAAUCAAUCAUUCGUCAAACCCAAGUUUCAAUCAUACUUGCGAACCACCUUCUCUCAACGAAUUCCACACACUCCAACGUUGUUUUCUCUCCGAUUUCCCUCUACGUUGUUCUGGGAUUGGUCGCUGCCGGUUCCAGAGGUCAAACACUCGAUCAGUUGCUCUAUUUUCUCAAAGCAAUCACCAUUGAUGAUCUCAACGCUCUUUGUUCGCAGCUUCUGCCCUUGGUGUUCGCCGACGGUAGACCAAACGGUGGCCCUUGUUUGUGUUUUGUGAAUGGUGUUUGGGUCGAGCAACAACUUCCUCUUAAACCUUCUUUUAAACAUGUAGUGGAAAGUGUGUAUAAGGCAGCUUCUUAUCAAGUGGAUUUCAUAACCAAGGCUGAUGAGGUAACCGAAGAAGUGAAUUUGUGGGCCRAAAAGCAGACGAGUGGCCUUAUCGAACAGAUCCUUCCUGCUGGUGCAGUUACGGAAUAUACCAGGCUCGUCUUUGCAAAUGCAGUCUACUUCAAGGGAGCCUGGAAUGAGAAAUUUGACCCAUCAAAAACGAAAGACUAYGACUUCCACCUCCUCAACGGGAACAAAGUUCGAGCACCCUUCAUGACCAGCAACAAGAAGCAACUCGUGAGUUCAUAUGACGGUUUCAAAGUCUUGGGUCUUCCCUAUCAACAAGGCCAAGAUAAACGACGCUUCACAAUGUACUUCUAUCUCCCAGAUGCAAAACAUGGGCUCCCUUCUUUGAUACAGAAAGUAGGUUCUGGAUCUGAUUUCUUGGGACGUCACGUCCCUUACGAAAAAGUAGAAGUUGAGCGGUUUUUGAUCCCAAAAUUUAAGAUAUCGUUUGCGUUUGAAGCUUCUGAGAUGUUGAAGGAACUAGGUCUUGAUUUGCCGUUCUCCGAAGURGCAGGCCUAACUGAAAUGGUGGAGUGCUUGGUGGUGGGUCGAAAGCURUAUGUUUCAAGCAUUCAUCACAAAUCGUUUUUGGAGGUGAAUGAAGAAGGUACAGAAGCUGCAGCAGCAUCUGCAGUCGUUAURGAGGCGCAAUGCCUGAGGAAUAAGGUCGACUUUGUAGCAGAUCAUCCGUUUUUGUUUGUGAUUAGAGAAGAUACGACUGGAGUGGUGCUGUUUAUGGGACAGGUGACUGACCCUCGUGAUUCUUGAUUGUAAUCUUAACGCGUAUGAUGCUUGUAUUUGGUUUGUAAUGUUUCAAUAAGUCUCUAGCUUUGAAUAAGUAGUCUCAAUCUAUAUAGCCUUAAGAUUUCAUUAAGGUGUGUUAAGAUUGUGGGAUUAUGCUUAUUCAUAAACAUUCAGAGUCGUUAUCAUGUGUUAAUGUAUCUCAAGUUCGAGCCUAGAGGGGUGGUUGGGGUGGCACGUGCCACCAUGUUGUUCCUACGUUGUAGCAUAAAACAAUUUAGAUUUGUGAAAGGUACAACCCUUUUUGUUUUAAAA